UACAAUCGAUCCUAUAAUAAGCGACCCAUCAUUACGCUUUGUAUUACAAACGGGAUUCUCGGGGCCUUGAGCGACGGGCUUGCGCAGGCAAUUACCUAUCGCGACAAGCAUACAAAGCAACUACCCGAACGACUACGACAACAUGAAGAUCAAUGGCCACCACAACCAGCGUACGAUGGCAUGCGAACGUCUCGGUUUGCAUUGUAUAAUGUCUGUGUGGCACCGUUUGUGGGCAAAUGGUACAUGGUGCUUGACAAGUAUUUUCCCAUGCCCGGGGUAGGCAAGCCUGGCCGCGACGUUGUUGCACUUAAGCGCAUGGUCACGGAUCAGGUGGUCUUUGCACCCAGCAGUUUGGCCAUGUUCUUUACAACCAUGGGUCUGAUAGAAAGUGGAAACUGGCAGGGAGUUCGCGAGAAGUUUCGAGACGCUUACAGCUCAGCAUUGAUCGCCAAUUACUCAGUCUGGCCGGUUGUCCAACUGAUUAAUUUCAAGAUAAUGCCCCUGCAGUAUCGAUUACCGUUCGUCAGCUCGUUGGGUAUACUGUGGAAUGCUUAUCUGAGCUGGAUCAACAAUGCCUCCAAA